UUAUUCAUUUUUAAUUCUUCACAUAAAAAAACAGAAAAGAAAAGCAACUCCCAGAAGCAGUCGGAGCAGCGGCGAAAUUGGCAAAACAAACUGAAUCCGAAGAACUCCAAGGCCCAGAGCGACACGGCAUCGCAGCGUAAUUAACACUCACACACACACACUGGCAGCUCUCACGCACAGCGUCUACACUGUCCGUGUGACUUCCAAUGGCGACUGGGAAGGAGAAAGCGGAAGCCCGGCCGCAGGAGCGAGAGCGCAGCAGCGACACCCCUCGCUCUCUCGGGAGCAACAAAGAUGGCGAGAGCGGCCCACUUCCGCCAUCUCUCUCUGGCGCGCAAAGAUGGCGCUGGCCGGCCGCUGUGGGGGCGCUGUUGUGCCUUUAAAAGCCGGCAGAGCGAGCGGUGCCGCACUAUGGCUGCGCAGUCGCCGUCGAGGCUGCGGCGUCGCCGCCACCGGCAGAGGCUGUUCGCGCCCUGUUGCGGCUCUGUUGCGGCGCUGUUGCGGGCUUGGAAGGCCCGGCAGUGGUCGGGUUUGCGCUGUUAACCCUCUGUUAGGGGCUGGGCUUUGCUGUUAGCCGCUGCCUCUGCCGCCAGCGCUGCCGCUGCUGCGCCGCCGCCGGCCGAGGCAGCGGCAGCGACGCGCUCUCAGUGGUUUAAAAGCAUCAACAACUACAAAAUUGUUUUUUUUCGAAAAAAGUCGCUCAUUGGGUCGCAUCGCGGCUGAAGUCCGGAAAAGUGUGAAACCUCGCGGAGAAGUGACUUGCAGCCAGAACAGUGUGAUUAGUCGAGCAAGCAGUGACCACGGACGGAAUCCACGCAACGGCAACUGCCACUAACUUUUGAACUCGAGCCGCCAAAAACAGAGAGCCCUGUCAGAGGCCGCCAGAGCUGUUACUUUUUUUCCUGUGCGUUCGUACGUGUGUGUGUGUGGCGGCCAUGAAAGUGCAAUAGGAAACAACACCACCCAGCCCGCCAUCUGCCCGCCACUCUGAGUGAGUCUCCGGCAGAACCCGCCACGAGAAGACUAGGAAGCUUCAGCGCCAAAAAGCCGUCGGCAAUCAUGCAGGCCACCAAAAUGCGAACCCCGUUCGCCAUCCAGGAGAUCCUCGGCCUGGGCGCCUACCAGCAGCAGGCGGCGGCCGCAGCAGCCGUGGCCGCCACGCCCUCCGAGGCACCGCCCUCGCCGGCGGCCACUCCGCCGCCCCCGCCCCGCACUCCGGUGGGCAACGGCGGGUCCGGAGCAGCCGGCUCCGGCUCGCACCAGCUGGCCCACCAGCAGCAGCAGCAACAGCAGCCCAACCAGGCCCAUCCGCUCAUCGACGGGAUCCGGGACUCGCGCUCCAUCUCGCCGGAGGUCAGCAGGCUCUCCGCCGCCGCAGCAGCCGCCGCCGCCGCGGCCGCCCACUGCCAGCUGCCGGUCUUCAAUCCGGCCAACUUCUACGCUGCCGCCGGCUAUGCGGCCGCCGCCGAUCCGGGCAAUGCGGCAGCUGCCCACCAUCACCACAUGACGACGCUGGCGGCGGCCGCCUAUCUCCGGGGCUUCCUGCCGCCCGGGUUCAGCACGCCGCACGAGUUCCGGGGCCACUUCCAGCAGCACUUUGGGGCCCAGUUCGCAGAACAAGCAGCCGCCCGUGGCCAGGACUAUGCCAGCAGCCUGGCGAACGCCAGCGGAGACGAGCAGUCGCCCAGCAAGGCCAGCAACUCCUCCGGCAACGGGUCCGGAUCGGUGGGCACUGGAGGCGGAGGAGCGGGAGGAGCCGGAGGCGGGUCCGGCCAGGCCGGCACUAAUGGCCUGGGCCACUUGGUGGCCUCUCCGCCGAGCAGCAACGGAGGCUCGGCCGCCGGAGGAUCGUCAUCGGGAGUGGGCUCCGGCUCGGGAGGGGGAGCGGCUGGAUCGGGGGGCUCCGGCUCCUCGGGCCCUGGCUCCGGGAAUCCCGGCAGCCGUUCCUCGCCCGGCGGGGGCAACCCCCACCACGCCGCCCUGGCGGCCCACCAGCAUGCUGCAGCCGCGGCAGCAGCAGCCCAUCACCAUGCCGCAGCGGCAGCCGCCGCCCACCACGCCCACCAUGCCCAUGCCGCCCAUGCUCACGCCCACGCCCAUGCCCAUGUGCAUGCCCACGCCGCCCACCACGCGGAGGCAGCCGCCUUCCUGGGAGCUGCCGGUGGUCCGGGAGGCAACCCUGCCGGCCUGCUGGCCGCCCACGCCGGGGACGUCCUUGUGGGGCCAGGCGGAACCGGCCCCGGGGGCAAGAAGAAGAACAAGCGCCGCCACGGCAGGACGAUCUUCACCAGCAGCCAGCUGGAGGAGCUUGAGAAGGCCUUCAAGGAGGCGCACUACCCGGACGUGAGUGCCAGGGAGCUGCUAUCGAUGAAGACCGGACUGGCCGAGGAUCGUAUUCAGGUCUGGUACCAGAACCGCAGGGCCAAGUGGCGCAAGACGGAAAAGUGCUGGGGCCACAGCACCAAGAUGGCCGAGUACGGACUGUACGGCGCCAUGGUCCGGCACUCGCUGCCCCUGCCGGAGACGAUCAUCAAGUCGGCCAAGGAGGACGAGUCGGUGGCCCCCUGGCUGCUGGGCAUGCACAAGAAGUCCCUGGAGGCGGCCGAGCUGCUCAAGAGCGACGAGAGCGACCGCGAGACGCCCACCUCGGACGACACCAACACCAGCUACUCGGCGGGCAGCACCCACAACUCGCCCAUCUCCAGCUUCUCGAUCUCCCGGCUGCUCUUCGACGCCCCGCCGCCGGGCGGCGCUGGGGGGAAGCCGCACCACAAGCACCACGCGGCCGCCCACCAUGCCGCCGCCCACGCCCACAUCGCUGCUGCCAAUGCGGCAGCUGCGGCGGCCGCCGCUGCAGCGCACCACCACCAGCACUUGCAUGGCGGUGGCGCAGGAGGAGACAGUGCCCUCCAGCAGCACCACGCCCAGCAGCAGCAGCAGCCGGGCGCUGGCUCCGGCUCCGGAUCGGGCGGGCAGCAGGCCCACCACCCGUACAACCAGCAGCAGCACCUGCACCACCUGCAGCAGCUCCAGGCGCAGCAGCAGCAGCACCAGCAGCAACAACAACAGCAGCAGCUCCAGGCUCAGCAGCAGCAGCAUCACCACCACCACCACCAUCCGCUGCACCACCACAUGCACCACCACGGAGCAGCCGGGUACGCCGAGGCCGCCGUCGCUGCCGCCGUAGCCGCAGCAGCCAAUGCCCGGAACGCUGCCGCCGCCGCAGCUGCCGCAGCAGUGACCAUCGCCGAGUCCGAGCCGGACGAGGAGCAGGACGACCUCGAGGAGAUGGACCUGGACAAGGACGGCGAGGAGGCGGAGGGCGGCGGGCACGAGGCGGAUCCCGACGGCGACGGGGACGGGGAGGGGGAGAUCGACAUUUGCGACGACCACGACGAGGAGGUGCGCCUGCAGGAGCAGCUGCUGCUCAAGGUGAAGCAGGAGCAGGCCACCGCCAGCGGAGCCAGAUGAAACAUGUACAUCGAUGUGCUGUUCUAAAGCGAAUGGAUUGGCGGAGCAUACAACGAUUAGCCGGCAGGAGCUUGCGACGACCUUGCAACGACCUUGCGCACAUUUUCUAAGCAUCUAAGCAUCUAAGAGAAUUAAAAUUAAAACUAAAACCCUACGUAAUACUUAAACUUAAAGAAGAAGUAAACGAGUAAAGAACAUUUUUUUGCAUA